CGUUUGCAAGAAGAAUUGCAAGCAACUGUAAAGUGCUUCUGGAAGACAAAUCUUGCAUUAAAGACAACACCCAAUUCUCUCACCACCUCCAUAAAGUCUUCCGAAGAAUUUUGGCAUGUCCGUGCUGCUGUUUCUAGUCACAAGCUUGCUCCUUUGUGUAUCUGAUGAAACAAAACAAGAAGAAAGUCCCAGUCUUUCCAGUCAGGAGAUUCAGGAAACGUUGAAUGUACUGUGGAUGGCAAUCCUCUACCCACAGGUAUAUAAGCACUUGUACAAUGGCAACUGGACUUAUGCCACUUGUGAAGUGAAGCCUAGCGCUAACCUAGAAGCUGGCAAACCGCAGGUGACAGGGCAAGUUCUGUUCAAGCAAGUUCACCCACAUGGAAAACUGAGUGCUGUAUUCUACCUGGAUGGGUUUCCCAUGGGCUCUCAGCAAACGGGCAGAGCUAUCCACAUCCAUGAGUUUGGAGACCUCAGCAACGGCUGUGAUUCUGCUGGGGGGCACUACAAUCCUUUCAAUGACUCUCACCCCCACCAUCCAGGGGACUUCGGAAACUUCUACCCGAAAGAUGGAAAAAUCAGAAUGAUGAUGUCCAAUCUUCAGGCAAAUCUCUUUGGCGGCCAAGCCAUUCUGGGAAGAUCUGUCGUGAUCCACGAGAAUGAAGACGAUAUGGGGAAAGGGAACAACCCGGGCAGUUUAGCGCAUGGCAAUUCUGGCAAACGCUUGGCUUGCUGCAUCAUUGGACGUUGCAACAAAGAAUUGUGGGGAAAGGCCUACGAGGGGCUUCUUAACAUGGAAGGAUGA